AUGUACAUUGACUACUGUCAGCUGACCAAGUUUACCAUAAAGAACAAGUAUCCACUUUCGAGGAUAGAUAAUUUGUUUGACCAGUUUCAAGGGGCGUUUAUGCUUUCCAUUAUUGAUCUGUGUUCUAAAUAUCAUCAGCUGAGGGUUAAGGAAGGUAAUGUAUUUAAGAUGGCAUUCAGGACUCAUUAUGGACACUACGAGUUCCUAGUGAUACCAUUUGGACUGACGAAUGCACUAACGGCUUUCAUGGAUCUAAUAAAUCGAAUAUUUCAGCCUUAUCUGGGUCAGUUUGUGGUGGUGUUCAUCGACGACAUAUUGGUUUUUUUAAGGACUAAGGAUGAGCAUGACGAGCACCUUAGAGUUGUUUUUCAGACUUUGAGGGAAAAGCAGCUCUAUGCUAAGUUUAGCAAGUCAAGAGAGUUUCGAGAAGCUCAAGACUUACUGACUAAGGCUACUGUUCUGAUACAGCUUGAAUAUGGAAAGGAGUUCACAGAUGGUAAGGUGGUAGCAUAUGCGUCUUGUCAACUUAAGACACAUGAGACGAACUAUCCGACGUAUGAUUUGGAGCUGACCGCUAUGGUUAAGGCUGAGCAUCAGUUACCUUCGGGUUUCUUGCAGCCGGUUAAGAUUCCUCUAUGGAAAUGGGAGCGUGUAAUUAUGGAUUUCAAGCUGGUGAAGCUUUAUAUUUCUGAGAUAGUGAGACUACAUGUGGUACCAGUUUCGAUCAUCUCUAAUAGGGAUCUUCGUUUCAUGUCUCAGUUUUGGAGAAAGUUGCAUGAGGCUCUGGGUUCAAGUUACCAGUCCAGCAUCCAGAUGGCAUCUUACGAGGCACUAUAUGGUCGUAAGUGUCACACUCCCUUAUGUUGGAUUGAGUUGGGCGAGCGACGUGUUCUGGGUCCUAAAUUGGUUUUCGAGACAGAGGAUAAGGUUAGAUUAAUUCGGGAUUAUUUGAAAGUGGGUUCUGACAGGCAGAAGUCUUAUGCGGACCUGAAGAGACGUGAGAUUGAGUAUUCUGUUAGGGACUCCGUAUUUCUCAAGGAGAUUAAGCUUAGGCCAGACUUGACCUUUGAGGAGGAGCUUGUCCAAAUUCUGGAUCGUGACGUAAAGGUUCUGAGGGGGAAGUCUAUCCAUUUGGUGAAGGUUCUAAGGCAAAAUCAUAGCACUGAGGACGCUAACUGGGAGCCUAAGGAUGCAAUGCGUCAGUAG